AUGGAAACACCUCUGUACGUUUGUAUUGUGAAUACAGUUGAUAAGUACGGUACUCCAGGGAUCGCAAAGUCACCAACCAUCCCCGGCACGACGUGCCGUGCCGUCUUUAUGGGAACAAGACCGGACGAGCGAGAGGGGAGGGGGGCCGCCAAGAAGAUCAAUGCAGUCGACAUCCAUCACCACGUUAAUUCCACCCACACACACAGCAUCACGUUCUCCGCCCCCAACCGCAAGCGGGCAUUGCCGUUCGGUGGCACGGCGGCUAAGAACCCAAGUGGCUCCCAUCCACCCUUCCACCCGCGUGCAUUAGCAGACUGCCCGGUUGCCUCACCUUGCAUGAUUGAUCUACACAGAUUUGAAUCUGUCAGACGGGAAGGACCAAGCGCGAUUGGCUCAACGUUGACCAAGGUUGGUGGUCUUGGUGGCCUGCAAAGGCGACAAGCAUUCAAUUGGCCCUAG